AUGCCGAGCCGCCCCAGACACGUCCUCGAUGACCUCCUACACAACACCCAGACUCUAAUACAUAUGUGGGAUAAAAUGAGAGACAAACCUGUGGUAGAACCACAAAUACCAUUAGCCACCACACAGCACACAAUAGGGCAGAUGAUCCUGACCUUUCCUAGAGAGCAAUGGACGGGGAAGGGAAUACAUCAUGUCUACCAGGUCUUUGACAGGGGUUGCCUGUUGCCAUUCCCUACCAUCCAAACCAAAUAUGACCUCCCCCACAGAACCAUAUUCUCCUACCUCCAGCUAAAAUCUUACGUGACAGACAAACUAUGCUCCCUGAUAGACUCCAACAACACAAAACACAUGUCAAAAUUUGAGGAACAAUGUGUCAGUACCUCACCCCCCAAAAAGGCAAUGUCCUGGGGGUACAUUGAGUUAAACAAGAGGCAGACACACACGAUAGACAAACUAAAACAGACCUGGCACAAUAAACUGGACCAAAUUAUGGCAGAUUGGGAAUGGGAAAGGGCUUUUCUGGCACACAAGGGGCUCACAGCCUGCGCCUCACACCUCAAGCUACAGCGAAAAAUAUUAUAUCACUGGUACUUAGUGCCAGACAAACUACACAAGUUAUGGCCAACAACCAGUAACAUAUGCUUGAGGUGUGGAGGGUAG